GCCUCUCGUGAUCUGAUUGGUCAACUGGUUCGAGAAGUCACUUCCCAAUGGAUCACUUUUAUCGAUUGUCUAUCUGUCACAUAUUCACAAACCACAAACACACAUGAUUCAUCUUUGAUACCUGACGACCUUCUUCCUCCGGAAGUGCUUUUGCUUCGGCAACAGACGUCAAAUAAUAGCCUCAUUCAGCUAACUAAAGAGGCCGGUCUAUACUGUAGCAAGCUUACCUCUCUUGCAGACAAAAUUACCAAGCUAACACUCAUAACACCUGGUCAAUGUAAUGCUUUUUUAGUGCCUACUGAAUUUAUCCAAGAUCUGGUUUCGCUUCGCCUCUCAGUCACUGAACUUAGGAGCCUCACAAAUCAGAUUUCUGAAGCCUUUUGCUCGUCUCCCAACUUCCCACAUGACAAAGGAAUCUCCCCAGCCCGACACUUAGUUGAACUAGUCGAUAGAAUUGUAUCCGAGGUGGAUUUAUUGGAUAGCGAACUGAAUUAUAAUCAGUCUACUGUCCUUGGUCCUCACUCAAAUGCUGCCCAUGAUCAUAUAGUUAUGACUACUAAAAAUCCUAGUGAUUACCUCUUUACUCGACGCCUUUGCCGACUGAUCGAGUCUGUACAAUUGGCGGCCGAGGCUAUCUUUCGGCUCGAUCAGCCUGACCCUCAAACCAAAGGCCAGCCAGUUGGCCUAACUGUGCGUCUUGUAAAGAUGGGUUAUUCUGUGCUUCGAGACCUAGGUCCAAGAGUGGUCCUAAUUAACCGCCUGCUAGUAAAGCUUGGCCGUCAGUUGGAUUGCAAAGAGACACUAUCCUGUCCUCGUAGUUGUCAGCUGGCUAUUUAUGCUGUACUUCCACUUGUGCGUCUCUUCUACAUCUGUCUGGCAUCUCGCUGCUGGCAAAUUGACAAACUUACCAAUCAGCUUGUCCGACUUGGGCUUUUUUCUGCUCGUAUAGCCACCUCUCUGCUCUCUCGGGGCUUCUGUCUACCCGAAUGUUUGACACGUGGACAAUCAUCAGGACUCAAUGCUGCGGAUUCGGCGGGCCCCACAAACGAUGAAUCAUGUCAUCCUCAAGAGGAAGACGGCCCGACAAGUCUUUCUCACACUCUCUCUAACGACUCUAACUUGGCGGGGACUAAAGAUGUUAGCGAUCAGCUGGAAGCAAUGGACCAAAUUGAAGGACUUGCUGACGAUCAAGCCAGCCACGAUGGAGCUCGAGACAACGAGCAGCAUAAGGAUGACUCAGGGCGUGGCAUCGAAAUGCCAGAUGAUCAGUUUGGUACGAGUGAAGAUUUCCUAUCCGGUGAUUUAGAGGAAGAAAGCAAUGAGGAAAAUGACGGACUCGAUGAAAAAAUGGAUUCUGGAAGCGACGCAGGACCUGCUGGAGUGUCAACAGAGAUGUGGGCUUCUAGCGACGAAGAAGAGGAGUAUGAAAAUGAUGCAGAAGGUUCAUGCGAUAAGACUGGAGAACAGGCCCCUACUGGUGCUAGCAGUAAAGGGAGACUUGAUCGAAAGAGGCCAAAAUCUGCAGAUUCAUAUGGACCGUCCUUAGAGGAUAGGGAAAAGACAAAUAUGGAUGAAGACAAAUUAAACGAAACCAAAGAAGAUGAUCAUAAUGAAGUGACAAAUGAUAAAACUGACGGCUUGACUACACAAGAACAACAAAAGCCGAAAAAGUGUAGUCGGUCAGUGGCCAGAUCAGGUGAAGAGACAGUAGCCGGAACGGGCGAGGGUUCGAUUCUGCAAGCACCUUCGCCGAAACAGCAAGAUCCCGUGUCGCCCAUGGAAGAUGUUAAAGACAUGGAAAGCGAAGGCUGGAAUAAAGGGGACGAUAAUCAGGAGGGUGAAAAUGAAAAUAAACCGGAUGAAUCACUUUGUCCCGAUAAUCUAAUGGGCUCCCCAAUGGAAGAAACCAAUCCUCCCGAACUCGAUGACCUCACAGAGGCUAUUGAUGCUUUUCAUUCUACCGUUGACUCCAAUCUGCCUGAGGAAGAAGAUGAGCCACAAGAUGUAUAUGACGAAAGAGUAAUAGCGGACGAAAAUUUCGAAGAAUCUGGUAGGCUUUUUUAUUAG